AUGAGGCUGAAGCAGCAGAAUCCAAACAGCCAGCAGCCCCCCAGUCCCAGGAGGACCUACAGGAGGGCCUACAGGAGGGCCUACAGGAGGUCUCAGUGUCGAGCUAAAUCUGAUGUUCCCAUGUGUUCAGAUGACGACUGGGUUUCUAAAUGCCCCUCUGGCUGCAGACUCCAGGGGUUGAUCUCACAGAUGGAGAGCGAGAUGGAGAUGAAACUGAGGAAGGUGUGCAAGAUGGGAAAGAUGUACGAGGACGCCGCUGAGAGCUCCAUGAAGGCAAUGACACACAUCUACAAUCACAACCGGAGAGCCAUCGUCAACAGAUACAUGUUGGAUCUGAAGUUUGUGGAUCGCGCUGAAGGAUUAGGCAGAAACCUCUCCUCACUCCGGACCGAUCCUCCACCUGUCGCAGCAACUCCAGAUUCUGAACCAACAAGUCCAGACACAAAUUGAAGACCUGUACCGUGCAGAGAUUGAAAUUGACAUGAUGCUCCGAACCUGCCAGGGGUCUUGCCGUUUGGGGAUCCCCUUCCACGUCAGUCACCCGAGCUACAAAGCGCUCCAAGGUGACAUAAAGCAAAUAGACAAGGCUCUCAGACAGAAGCACGCCGCAGUGCCUCCUCAGGACCUCCACAUAUCAAGCUGCAGCCUGUAGACCUGCAGAGACCUGUAUCAUCUGCAGAGUACAAGACCAUACCCACGGUCCAAAAGAGAACUGCUCACCCAGUUUGAAGACAUCGGGCAGAACCGGGUCGUUCUGGAGCGGCUGCUGGAGGAGGACUCUGCAGCUGAGGAGGAGGGGAUGUUUCACAGCUGGAAUGAAAGACUCUAAAGGUUGAUUGCAGAGAGUCUGACGGAGGGAGAGGAGGAGGAGAGGGAAGUCAUGACUUCAGUUGUCAUGGCGUGAACUUUAAGAACGGCUGCUCCUCUUUCUUUUAAAGUCACUUUGUGGGUUUCAGAAGUUAAAUUCAAUCAUUGUUGGUUUUAUUUCUGAACGCAUGUUGGAUACACACAGUUAAGACUCCUUCAGGAGGCUUGAACAUAUUUAAAUAUUAGGACUUGGAUUGGGACCGUAAUGACCUCAUGUUUUUGUUGUCCUCACUUCCUGUGUCUAUUCGUAAACAGUGAUCUACUUCCUGUACAGUUCACUUCACCCAGAGAGAGAAGGGGGAAGUAAAUGUACAUGCUAGCCAUAUUUUUCUGGUGUUAUCAGAAGAUUUCAGAAUUUAAGAACUUUUCAUUUUGGUGCAAUCGGGGGUUUUUAAAAAUUGAGGGUGCUGUUUGAAGAUGUUGUGAAACAACUCCUCCGGCUCAGAUCGGUGGAGCAUAUAUGUAGAGGGACAAAACAAGUGAGCUGAGAUCGCCCUGAAGAGGUGGUCUCGGUCUAACAAUCAAACCCUUCACAGCAACCCGACCAAU